AUGUCCGAUGUGGAAGUGGAUCCACAGCAGCAGCAGCAGCAGGACCACCCUCAUCCCGUGGUGGCGAUGACCCCGCGGCGCCGUCGCCAUCCUAUUCGCCGAGGAGCAGGCUGUCUGGUUAUUCAGUCCGCUUCGCAGGAUGCGGCAUCGCCACCGCGCUUCUGUCCACUCGUCGAAGGCGUCGAGGACAACUGGACGUGGAGCAAGCGACAUCGCUCCAAGGAGGUGGUGCUCAGCGGACCCAACUCCCGAACGGUUCACUUCCAUCCCAACUGGAGCAAGGGCACCGCCGGCGUCCAGGGCAAGCGAUCGCUGAACAAUGGCCGCUACUACUGGGAGCUCCAUGUCUCGCAGCGGGUGUUUGGCACCUCCAUUAUGUUCGGCAUAGGCACAAAGUCGGCCCGACUCCAUGCCAACGCCUUCCGGAAUAUGCUGGGCGAGAACGAGCACGGCUGGGGACUGUCCCACAAGGGCGUGCUCUGGCACAAGGGCGUGGCCCUGCUCUACACCAAGCGGUUCCGCGAGAAUCAUCCCACCCAGAUCGGAGUACUCUUCGACGGCAUCGAGGGCACACUCACCUACUACAAGGAUGGCAAGUGCCUGGGCGUGGCCUUCAGAGGUUUGGAUCAGAUCGAUGAACCGCUGUACCCCAUUGUAUGCUCCACGGCGGCCAAAACGGAGAUGACCCUGAAGUGCACCCGGCGAGAGUUUGUCAACCUGCAGGAUCGCUGUCGGGCGGUCAUAAUGAGGCGGGUGCGCAGUGCAUCGCAGCUGGAGAAGCUUAAGCUACCGUUGCCCAUCAGCGAUUAUCUGGGGGAGGUGAUCGACGAAAUGGAGCCACUGCGUCAGGUGAAUCAGUUGGAGAUGUGCAUAAUGAAUUACGAAUUGUAAGCGGCCCGUGAAUCUUUUUUGUGCCAUCAAAACGGAGCGCAUCCCAUCGGAAGACGAUGUGCCUCUAGGACGUGUAAAUUUUCGUGUAGUAUUUGUAAGGAUUGCUUAGUGAACUGUAGUAUUGUUAAGCAUUCGAAAUUAUCAAAUGGAGAUAAUUCGGCUUUCAGUUUUGUUUUUAGCUUUUUGUUGAAAAUUUCUAGUGAAAAUGUGGGGAAAUAGGCCAAUUUGGUGCAAUAUUUGUGAUAUAAGGAAAGUGAGUAAAUUAAAUUGUAUUUUGGGGCUUCAAGUGCUUGUUUGAUAACCGCAAAAUAAGUUAGGCAUAGAGCUAAGCAUAUUUUUCGGUACAGACGAGUGUGAAAUCUAGUCAAAAGUAACACGCUGCUAAACUAAUUUUGUAUAUUCCAAGUCAGCAAUUAAGGCUUAAGCUAUGUAUUAUAAUAAAAAGAAAACUUUUCUAGUCAUAAAUUGCAAAUGAAGCAAAUGAAAAGUGUUUAAUUUUUCACUAUCGAACGAGCACAUGUAAAGGUUCAGCACUCAUACCCAACGUAAUUUAGUAAAAAUUAUUUAUUUUGUAGAUUCUUUUUUGUGUCUAUAUAAAUUACUACACGUAAUGUAAUUGGUACAUGACAAACAAGAAAACUAAGACAUGUGAAAUGAAAUUCGUAAGAAGCGCUCAAAACAAUUUAGCGAUAUUGAUUUGCAAUUGUCACUUGAAUUUACAUAAAUAAAACAUAAAUUUACUAACUA